ACUUCCGGCGUACGCUCUGCGUGUUUGGUGUCGUCACUUCCUGCCUGUACCGGUGUAGACGGUGUGGGUCGUGGCCGCGGAUUCUGCGGUUCUCCCCUCCCCUACUCUCCUCCCUCCCUCCCUUUCCCUCCCUCGACGGCGGUCGGUCGUCCGUCGCAGACUCCCUGACCCGUCCCUAACCCCUUUCUGACCUCGGGGCCACCGGAUUGGCCUUUUCCCGUUUCCCGGCCCAACCCCAGAGUCAGGGCGGGGGCCUUGAGGAGGCGGAGGCGGUGCCACGGAGGAGAGAAAAGACGAGACGACCCUCGCUCCCCCGCCGGAUCGCACGGCUCGCAGCCACCAUGGCGAUGAGGCAGACGCCGCUCACCUGCUCGGGCCACACGCGGCCCGUGGUGGAUCUGGCCUUCAGUGGCAUCACGCCUUACGGCUAUUUCCUGAUAAGCGCUUGCAAAGAUGGUAAACCUAUGCUACGCCAGGGAGAUACAGGAGACUGGAUUGGAACAUUUUUGGGUCAUAAGGGUGCUGUUUGGGGUGCAACACUAAAUAAGGACGCCACCAAAGCAGCUACAGCAGCUGCAGAUUUCACAGCCAAAGUGUGGGAUGCUGUCUCAGGAGAUGAAUUGAUGACCCUGGCUCAUAAACACAUUGUCAAGACUGUGGAUUUUACGCAGGAUAGUAAUUACUUGUUAACCGGGGGACAGGAUAAACUGUUACGCAUAUAUGACUUGAACAAACCUGAAGCAGACCCUAAGGAAAUCAGUGGUCAUACCUCUGGUAUUAAAAAGGCUCUGUGGUGCAGUGAGGAUAAACAGAUCCUUUCAGCUGAUGAUAAAACUGUUCGCCUUUGGGAUCAUGCUACUAUGACAGAAGUGAAAUCUCUAAAUUUUAAUAUGUCUGUUAGCAGUAUGGAAUAUAUUCCUGAGGGAGAGAUAUUGGUAAUAACUUAUGGACGAUCUAUUGCUUUUCAUAGUGCAGUAAGUUUGGACCCAAUUAAGUCUUUUGAAGCUCCUGCAACCAUCAAUUCUGCAUCUCUUCAUCCUGAGAAAGAAUUUCUUGUUGCAGGGGGUGAAGAUUUUAAACUUUAUAAGUAUGAUUAUAAUAGUGGAGAAGAAUUAGAAUCCUACAAAGGACACUUUGGUCCUAUUCACUGUGUGAGGUUUAGUCCUGAUGGAGAACUCUAUGCUAGUGGUUCUGAAGAUGGAACAUUGCGACUAUGGCAGACUGUGGUAGGAAAAACAUACGGCCUUUGGAAAUGUGUGCUUCCUGAAGAAGAUAGUGGUGAGCUGGCAAAGCCGAAGAUCAGUUUUCCAGAGACAGCAGAAGAGGAGCUAGAAGAAAUUGCUUCAGAGAAUUCAGAUUCCAUCUAUAGUUCAACUCCUGAGGUUAAGGCCUGAGCAUCAGGCAGAUGUACACAACUUAUGGACUAAAACAAACAGAGAAAAGCAUCAGCCUCCAGAGUUACUCUCUGCUUAAGGCAAACAUGAGCAGUAAAUAAUGAGGAAUAUGAAUGAGCUCCAGUGCUGGAACUAACCAACUUGGUGAUACCUGUAAGUGAAAACACAAGAGUAUCAGCUGAAGGCGGAUGGAGUGAUACUCUUGUAGUACGAUAGUCUGUUGUCUUCUUCAUGAAUAUGUGCAAACCAACAUCCAAUUUCUCUUAUUACAGGUAGAUUUCUUGUAGCUGUUUAUGUUAUUAUGAAGAGGGAAAAUAUAUUGGCCUAUUUUUCUGACUUUUCCCUUAAAGCAGAAAGCCAUUUUUUUUUGCUUUAGUUAUAAAGAAGAGGGGGAAUACAUGAUAAAGUAACUGGUUUGAUUUCUCUUUCAUUGUACACUGCUUCUGAACAUCUAAUUGUUUUUAGUUGUCUAAAUAAAAUGCCUCUAAAACAAAA